UUAAAGCGCAACAUCACUUCCGGUUCCACUUCCGGGUGCUGCCGCCGCCGCCGCCGGUAACGGCUCCGGGCCGGCCCCGCCAUGUUCCUCCUCCUCCUCCCGCCGCCGCCGCCCCCAUGAGCCGCAAGAAGAGCGGCUUCGCUAUCACCAGCGUCCGCGGCGGCAGCGGGAGCGCGGCCGGCGAUGCCACCGGCGCCGCCGCCGCUUCUCCGCCUUCCUCGUCCGGCAGCCCCAGCGGGUCCCGGUUCCGCCUCGUCCGCCUGCUGUCGCCGGGGGAGGUGCUGCGGCGGGGGCGGUGGCUGUGUCGCGAUUUCUACGAGCGAGACGUGUCCCCGCGGGGCGGCGGCGUUGGCGGCGGGAGGGUCCCGGUGUCGCUGGACGCCCCCCGGGCCGUGCCCGCCCCCCACCAGCCCCGGUCCCUCGGGGCCUUCGCGCAGCUCGUGCAGCAGGCGCUGCCCCCUAAACCCCCUUCGCCCACGCCCAGGGGGCGGGGCCGAGCUCAGCGCGCGCCUGGGAUUGGCUGGCGAGGAGAGCGAGGACGAGGGCACUGGCAGCGGCGUCACCGCCAUCGACAACAAAAUCGAGAGGGCCAUGGUGCGGUUCGCGCCCAUCCCGGAUGAGGAGGAGGAUGAUGAUGAGGAUGAAGAGGAUGAAGCAGCCGGGGAGCCGUUCCUGGCCACGCCCACCCCGCACAGCACCCGCGGGGGUCCCGGUGGGAUCCCCCCGGUUCCGUUCGACGCCCCCCGAGCGGCGGCCGCGCUCCUGGGCAGCUCCUGGGCGGCGCGCUCGGCGCUGGGCGGGGCGGCGGCCGCCGCCAUGAACGUGCCGCCCGCCCAGCGCCUGUUCCGCGGGCUCGUCAGCCUGGCCGUGCCCCCCCCGGUACCGGGGCCGCGCCGUGGGGUCCCGCCCGCGCCCCCCCCCGCAGGUGAGGCCCCCCCAAAUCCAUCCCCGGUGCCCCCCCGGUACCGGCGGGACCCCACGGUUUCCGUUCCCCCACCCCCGGUACCGGCGGGACCCCACCGUGUCCUGUGCCCCCCCAGGGUCCCGGGCCGUGCCUGGCCGUGCUGGCAAAGGGGGCGGCGAACACCGGGGGGGGGCCGUGGCUGCCCCCUCCAGCGCCCCCCGAGCCCUCCCGGGCCCACCCGCGCCCCCCCCGGAGCCGCCUUCGCCAUGUACCGGAAACGGCUGCAGUGGGGAGGGGCUAACGGGAGAGACCCCCCCCAAAACCCGCUUCUGUGA